UCUUUGCAAUGCGUCACUUGUUUGCAAGUUUAACUAACUUCAGAUUUUAACCCAAAGCACAUACUUGCCUCUAGUUGUUGCAACUCAUAAAAUCAUGGCUAUUUGGACGACUUUGAAAGCUGUUAUGCAGUUUCUCAUCAUCUUAUUUCUUGCAUUCUUCGUGGCAGCUCAAACUCCCACAGCACAAGUAUCAACACCCACAUCAUGGACCAAUAAUAUAUCCCUACCAUCCGUCAGUUAUUCACGAAUAAUCCUCUCUGAUGGAAAUGCUAGUGCUGCAUUAUUUGAAAACAAAACGAUUUCUUCCGAAUCCAUGGUUAGGGGUUCUGUUUGUGCAUUUUACCCAGUUGAUUAUUUGAAGGAUGAUCAAUUUGACCCAGAUAGUGCUCGCUUCUUUCUUGUUGUUGCAUUGUUAGAAACAAGUGGAUAUAAUUUCCCAGAUUUGUCCAAUUAUGGUCUUUCCAACAUAUGGUCAGCAAAUAGAAAUAAACCCGUCCGUGAGAAUGCAACGUUACAGUUACUAGUUGAUGGAAAUUUGGAGCUAAGAGAUGCAGAUGGAAGUUUGGUUUGGUCUACCAAUACAUCUAACAAGUCUGUUGCAGGUAUGAAGAUGAUGGACACUGGAAAUCUUGUCCUCCAUGAUACCAAUAACAAUAUUGUUUGGCAGUCUUUUGAUCAUCCAACAGACACAUUGGUUCCAGGCCAGAAAUUGGUGAGAGGGCAGAAGCUGGUGAGUAGUGUUUCAGAAUACAAUAUCUCAGAGGGAAAUUUCUAUCUUUCUGUGACCUCUCAUGGUCUGUUGGGUUUUUACCAAGCUAAUGUCCCACAGAUGUACCUUAAAUUUUUCGAUCAUGUUUGGAACCUGGAAAGCAUAGAACUAAAGUACAGUGGAUCUGAGGAUAUUGCGUUAUACGUCAAUGCACCUGAGUUUGGAGCGCUUGGUUCGCCUUGGCUUUCUGCAAGUGUCUCUGUUCGUAGUAGACCUGGACUGUUCUUAAAAUUUGAAUCAAAUGGGCAUCUCAUUCUUCAUGACGGCAGUAUGACGGUGGCUCAUAAUAUGUUGACUAGCCAUAUUCCGGAAUGCGAUUACCCAACAAUUUGCAACGAUUAUGAAUUCUGCUCAAAUGGAAUGUGCUUAUGUCCACCAGGACUUGCUCAAGGCGAACCCGAACUUGCUCAAGGCGAAUCCGAAUCCGGUUGUCCAGCAAUCAAUGCAACGACAUGUGAAAAUCUUGAAUAUCAUUCUCUUCUUACAUAUCAAAAUGUGUACCAUUUCAGUUAUAUUGAUGAUGGUGCUGCAGCUCUGAAAGGAACGGACAUAGAGAGUUGUAAGAAGGAAUGCUUGAAAAAUUGUUCAUGCAAAGUUGCUUUAUUUCGGCACGAUUAUAAUUCUCUCUUAGGGGAUUGUUUUUUACCCUCUCCAGUUCUUACGCUCAUAUAUGACGAAUACAGGAGACGUUACUAUAAAUCAUCAUAUGCCUUCAUCAAAACGCUCAACAACAAGGAAAAUGGAAGAGGUUCCUCAAGAUCAAAAAUAGUAGCAGGAUCAACUAUCGGUGCCUUCUUUCUUGUGGGUCUGGCCAUUGGCUUCUGGUUUGUGUUUUUAAGGAACAAAAGGGAAGAAGAGGAAUAUAUGGAAGAUAACUUUGAUAAACUGUCAGGAAUGCUCAUGAGAUUCACUUACCAAGAAUUGAUAGUAGCCACUGGAGAUUUCAAAGAAAAGCUUGGAGAAGGAGGUUUUGGAUCAGUUUUUGAAGGCACUCUUCAAAAGGGAGAUAAAAUCGCAGUCAAGCGCCUUGACUCUAUAGGCCAAGGAAAGAAGGAAUUCUUGGCUGAGGUCGAGACUAUAGGAAGCAUCCACCAUGUUAACCUUGUGAGGCUAAUUGGCUUCUGCGCAGAAAAAGUUCAUAGGCUUUUGGUAUAUGAGUUCAUGUGUAAUGGGUCAUUAGACAAAUGGAUUUUCAGUAAAGAACCGCUGCUACGACCUCCUCUGAACUGGGAAAUUAGAAUGACAAUUGUUCUAAACAUAGCAAAGGGGCUGGCCUAUCUCCAUGAAGAAUGUAGACAGAGAAUAGUACAUUUAGAUAUCAAACCUCAAAAUAUACUAUUGGAUGAAGAACUUCGAGCGAAGAUAUCAGAUUUUGGCUUGUGUAAGUUGAUUGAUAGGGAUCAAAGCCAAGUGGUAACCACAAUGAGAGGAACGCCUGGCUAUUUGGCUCCUGAAUUGUUUAGCUCUGUAAUCACAGAGAAGGCAGAUGUUUAUAGCUUUGGCAUUGUAGUCAUGGAAGUAGUUUGUGGAAGGAAAAAUAUGGACAGGUCACAGCCUGAGGAAUGCAUGCAUUUGCUCCCAAUUUUCAUGAGAAAAGCGGAGGAGGAUCAAUUGGUGGAUAUGGUUGACAGAAGCAAUCAGGAUAUGCAAUUUCAUUACUCAGAAGCUGUACAGAUGAUGAAGGUAGCAAUUUGGUGUCUGCAAAGUGAUUACAAAAGGAGGCCUUCCAUGUCAGAUGUGGUUAAAGCCUUAGAAGGCAAUUUGGAUGUGGAAGCUUACCUAGACUACACCAUCCAUAAUCCAAUAAAAGUGGCAGCAGCAAGAAGAGAGGCAGAGCAGGGAACCGCAACUCCAAUAUUGCCAUCUCUUCUAUCUGGACCAAGGUGAGGAAUGAUGAUUUUAUUUGAAAUCAUGGUUUUUAUUUCUUAUUACUUAUUUUAAGUUUGUUUGCUUUAUAUUUCAAUCUGUCUGAUUCUACUUAUAAAGCAGCAUAGCUUUAGAUGCUAUUUGGCUUGGUUCUCUUGUGUUUAUUGCGACUGAAUUAUAAUAAAAAAUUUUUAAGAUACAUAGA